AUGUCACAUACAAUUUUAUUGAUACAACCAACCGUACGUCACGACUCGAGGUCGUGGACUGAUUUUGAGUCGGUCAGUGACUGUAUUGAAGGAGUUUGUAAGAUAUUCGAAGAGAAUCUAAAGAAGUUGAAUCCGAAUUCAGCGUCCAUAACGUACGACGUUCAAAAUUUAUUCGAAUUUUUGGAUCGAUUGACAGAUUUGUCGUGUUUGGUGUGGCAAGAGGACGUACAGGCAUAUACGGCGCAUAAUAAACAGUGGAUUAAGGACCAGAUUUAUGCUUUAUUGAGAAAACAGGCUGCGAAC